AUGCCUUUUGGAGGAUUUGCGGGGCUGAAGGAGAAAGUGCUGAAGCCGGGGAAGGAGGAGGUGAAGAACACCGUGGGAGAUGGACUGGGGCACUUGCAGAGGAAGAUGGACGGGAGUAACGUGGACGACGAGGACCUGGUGGAGCUGACGGAGGACGGGCGGCCGGUGUCCAUGCCCAAGAAGAACCCCCCGCUGCUGGACUGCAGCUGCUGCGGCCUGCCCAAGCGCUACAUCAUCGCCAUCCUCAGCGGCCUGGGCUUCUGCAUCUCCUUCGGCAUCCGCUGUAACCUGGGAGUGGCCAUCGUGGAGAUGGUCAACAACAAUACCGUCUACAUCAACGGCACACCCGUCAUGCAGCCAGCACAGUUUAACUGGAACCCCGAGACAGUGGGCCUGAUCCAUGGCUCUUUCUUCUGGGGCUACAUCGUCACGCAGAUCCCUGGAGGUUUCAUAGCCAACAAGCUGGCUGCCGACAGGGUGUUUGGGGCAGCCAUUUUCUUGACCUCCAUGUUGAACAUGUUCAUCCCGUCUGCAGCCAGAGUGCACUACGGCUGUGUCAUGUUUGUGCGUAUACUACAGGGACUGGUGGAGGGUGUCACUUACCCAGCAUGCCACGGGUUGUGGGCCAAGUGGGCUCCGCCCCUGGAGAGGAGUCGCCUGGCAACCACCUCCUUCUGUGGGUCGUAUGCUGGAGCGGUGAUUGCGAUGCCUUUAGCAGGAGUGCUGGUGCAGUUUGUUGGCUGGCCGUCUGUCUUCUACAUAUAUGGUGUGUUUGGGAUCCUCUGGUACAUCUUCUGGCUGCUUCUGUCCUACACGAGCCCGGCAGCACACCCCACCAUCAGCGAGGAGGAGAGGAUAUAUAUCGAGACCAGCAUCGGGGAGGGAAACAUGAUCAGUGCCACUGAGAAAUUCAAUACUCCGUGGCGUGACUUCUUCACCUCCAUGCCGGUGUAUGCCAUCAUCGUGGCCAACUUUUGCCGUAGCUGGACCUUCUACCUGCUGCUCAUCAGCCAGCCCGCGUACUUUGAGGAGGUCUUUGGCUUCCCCAUCAGCAAGGUGGGGCUCUUGUCUGCAGUGCCCCAUAUGGUGAUGACUAUUGUGGUGCCCAUAGGGGGGCAGCUAGCUGACUACCUCCGAAGCAGAAAGAUCUUGUCCACAACCACUGUCCGCAAGAUCAUGAACUGUGGAGGGUUUGGCAUGGAGGCCACUCUGCUGCUGGUGGUGGGGUAUUCACACACGCGAGGGGUGGCCAUAUCCUUCCUGGUACUAGCUGUGGGCUUCAGUGGCUUUGCCAUCUCAGGUUUCAAUGUGAACCACCUGGACAUCGCCCCUCGCUACGCCAGUAUACUUAUGGGCAUCUCCAACGGGGUGGGCACACUGUCGGGCAUGGUGUGCCCCCUUAUCGUCGGAGCACUCACCAAGAACAAGACGCGUCUGGAGUGGCAGCACGUGUUUGUGAUCGCCUCCAUGGUGCACUACACGGGCGUGAUCUUCUACGCCAUCUUCGCUUCGGGAGAGAAGCAGGACUGGGCCGACCCAGAGGGCACCAGUGAGGACAAGGUGGGCAUCAUCGGAGAGGAUGAGCUGGCUGCGGAUGAUGAGAGCGAGCCCAGCUGUGACUCUUCGCUGGCCGCGGCCGCCAAGAAGAAGUCCUACUCCUACGGCGCCACAACGACCGACCACAGCGCCGCCAAGCAGGGCUGGAAGAAGAGACGAGGGCAGACCGCGCAGGAGGAGGAAGAGGAGGAGGAGGAGGAAGGACAGUACCACUACGAGAACGGGAACUUUCAGUAACACAUCAACAACAGCGUCACUGGCUCUGACUCAAAGAGGAUAUUCCCCUGGAUUUAACCUGUUUCGUCAUUGACUCACUCAUAAGAGCUUUAUUACCAUUUGUCCAAAAGCACAUUUCAUCAUUAUUGAAUACCAUUGCACAUAUUUUACUGUUGAUUUUGACCUUUUUCUUUUUUUUUGGCUCCAAUCACCAACCUCGUUUUCAUCAGAAAAUAUCCGUCGUGGUCCUGACCUGAACAUAGUGGGACUGACUCACCG